AUGCAAAAAAAGGAGCACCAUAAUGAGUCAUAUAAGUGCAGAUGUUCAGCAGAGUCUGCCAAACAUACACCCAAAGAACAGCAAGAUCAUCGUAGGCUGCACUUUGAGUACUACUUUAUUAAAGAGCCUCAAACAUGGGACGAAGCUCAGAGCUACUGUAGAGAAAGAUAUACAGACCUGGCCACAGUGCCUGAUAUGACAUAUAUGGAGAGACUCUACACAAAUUUGAUUGAAAGCCCUGGAGGGUUGACGAAUGUUGGUUGUGGUGAUAGUUUUGCUUUUAUCUGCUAUAAUGAACAAGACAAAUCACUCCAUUUCAUUGACACUCCUAAACCAUCCUGGAGGGAGGCUCAGAGCUACUGCAGAGAACAUCACACAGACCUGGCCAGUGGAGUGAAACAGUUAAAUAAUUCAGUCAGUAAAUUUUCUGAUAAACUACCAUUGUGGAUCGGCCUGUUCAGAGACACCUUGAGGUGGUCAGAUGGGAGUAAUUCUUCUUACAGACUCUGGGAAACCAUUGCAGAUAAAUUCAUCCUGAUCAAUGAAACUAAAAACUGGGAGGAGGCCUUAAAUCACUGCAGAACGUAUCAUCAUGACCUGGUCUCCAUCACAAACCUUGAAGAGCAGGAAUUGGUGAAGGAGAAAGCCAAGAACGCCAACACAUCCCACGUCUGGCUGGGACUGCGCUACAGCUGCACUCUUGGUCUGUGGCUGUGGGUCAGUGACUGGCUUGUCUGCUAUGAGAACUGGGCCAAUCAAACAAUCACUGACCAGUGUGACAGGUCUGUAGCCAUGGAGACAGGAGGAGAAAAUAAGUGGUUCAAGAAAAAUGAUGAAGAGAAGUUUAAUUUCAUCUGUUCUUUAAAGUAG